AUGACUGCCAAUAACAGGAACCAACCGUCUGAAGACGGUCACGCCCAGCCCGCCAGCGCUGGCCCUGCUCCUGUUGGCACCCAAUUCAGCACCUUGGCGCAGGCCCUCAUGCCUACGCUACUGGAUGCGGUUCUUCAAGAACCAACUCGCACCGGCGCCUCGGUGAGCGAUCAGGCACUGAGAACCGCGGUCCUCAAUCCCAGCAUCCUCUCCAACGCGAUCACUGCAGUCAUGCCAGAAGCCCUCGAAAUCGUUCUUGCGGGGGUCACGGCGGCGAUUGGCCCAGCGUACGCCCCUAACGAGGCAGACAUCGAGUACCUGAAAGAUCACAUCUCCUUCUGGUAUCAGCGCAAGAUCUUGCUGCAGCAGAUUGCUUCUUCGACCGCGAACUAG